GAUUUAGCUGUGUCAGCACUUUUUACCUGCAGACACACCUUUGACACACCCCCUAGAAACCGAGUAACCGUGCAAAAGAAUGUUAAUUAGGAUACUACUCAAGAAUGGUGGAGAAGAAGGUCUCUUCAAUGCAGACUGUCGUAUUGUACUUCUUCUGGAUGCUAUCAAGCAAAAACAUGGCAUUCCGAGAAAAGAGGAGAUUGACUUGUGUACAGUGGAUGCAGAGAUAAAGUAUCUCAACCAACGAGGCAGUGACAAUGGGAAGAGCUUCUUCACGUUUAAAGAAGUCUGCUUAGUGGUCCUUGUAUCAGAAAUUAGUGGUCAAACUGUUUACACUCCUGCGCUAUCAAAGUAUGCAGACAAUGAGGACUUUGUUGGUAUGCUAAACUACAAGCCUGACACUACUUCACAUAAAUCUGCCAGCGUUCAACCGAGAGUCAAGCACCGACUCUCGACCAAGACCACACCAGCGCCGGGCUCUCCCUCCAAAUCACCCAAGGCUGGUGCCAAGACUCUAAAGAAGAGACGACAAAGUUCAAACAGAUUCCACUGACCAUAAGCUUGAAAGACUAUGAACUUGUUCCCUAACCUGUGUGUGUGUGUGUGCAUGUCUUCACACUGACAAGAGUUGUUAAAACUGUACAUUAAUUUGUCCAUCAACUUGCAACAAUAAUUG